GAACCAAACUGAACUGGAAGUGCAGGAGCUCACAGUCAGGACUGGAACACAGUGGGAACACAGGCAGGGAUAGCGCAGAAUAAAUCACUGAAUCUCAAAACCGAACUACAAUAUAGCUUAUCCCAUCAACAUGUGCUCCUCGAAAGAACUUGACUUUCCACAAAUACUUCUUGAAUAUUGUCAUGGAUUUUUCAAUUCAAAGACUAUAUUUGCAGCAUGUGAACUGGGAGUUUUUGAUUUACUACAUGAAGUACAGGAAUCCAGUUCAGCAGCAACCAUUGCUUCUCGCUUGAGUACCAGUGAAGAUGGAAUGGAGCGCUUGCUUGAUGCCUGUGUUGGACUGAAACUUUUAAAAGUUGACUUGAAAAAUAACAAAGGUUAUUAUUCCAAUACUGAUGUUUCCACCAUGUACUUGGUAAAGUCCAGUCCUAAGACACUCUAUUACAUGGCGAUGUAUUUCUCUAAAGUCACAUAUAUGUGCUGGCACUUCUUACCACAGGCUGUAAGAGAAGGAAAAUCUCAGUAUGAAAGGGCUCUUGGGACUACUUCCAAGGACUUAUUUGAAACCAUUUACAGCAAAGUAGUUCAAGUCUGGAGACAGAAUGGAGAGGAUGCAGACUGCAGUGCUCCUGCAGAGAAUUCUCCAGAGAGAACCGACACUAAAUCGCCACAAGUAAAUCCUUUAGAGGAUAAAAACAGCUGAUGAAACUGCUAUAUUUACCUUCUACAGACACAGCUGUGAGGGAAUAUAGCUAAGCUACCCUUCAUCAAAAACCUGCUAGGCCAGUAGAAGAAUUGCACUAAAGCUUGCUGCUACUCUAUGUACAGUGCCUUGAAAAAGUAUUCAUACUCCUUGAACUUUUCCACUUUUUUCACGAUACACCUACAGACUUAAAUGUAUUUUAUUGGGAUUUUAUG